GACCAGCCCUCGGAUCGUAUUUUGCGGCACGGUAUUUCGUCCAACAAUGGAGGAAUAACAAACAGCUCGAAUACAUCUUUACGCCACGGAAGCACGACGUAGUGACCGACCCUAUCAGUUUCCUUCGAUCCCACAAGUACGUAGCCCGAUACGAUGUCUUGUGGCGCUUUGUUGCCGGCUUGCUCGACGCCGAAAACGAUGAUAAGACGCUCCGGUUUUUCAAGAUACUAGAGGAACCACCACUCGACCUUUUAGGCCCUAUGCACCAACGACUCGUCAUGCAUUGUCUAGCCGAGGCGUCCGGAUCCGUCGAAAUCAGAGAGGAGCUAGAAAACCGACUGUCACAGUGGUUACUGUUUGAAUGCCGAUUCACAGGGAAAUCACAGCUAACCAGCGAGAUGGAAUUCCCCGAAAGGGCCUUGAGCAUCGCUUUCAACGAAGGAUCAGAUGUGAUAGAAAUAAUUUUAAGGUCACUGCAAAGACGAGCUAUAAUACCGCCUGGAAUAAUAGCAGCAAUUGCAGCGCGGCUCGAGGAUCAGUAUCAGGAUGUCCGGGGGGCAGCGAUUCAAGCCCUUCGAGCGCAGUCAGCACUACCGACAGAGACAGUCACGGCUAUCGUAGCACGGCUCGAGAAUGAGGAUUGGGGUGUCCGGCACACAGCGAUCAAAGCCCUUCACGCGCAGUCGGCACUACCGGCAGAGACGGUCGCGGCUAUCGCAGCACGGCUCGAGGAUGAGGAUAAGGAUGUCCGGUGGGCAGCGAUUCAAGCCCUUCAAGCCCUGUCAGCACUACCGGCAGAGACAGCCACGGCUAUCGCAGCACGGCUCGAGGAUUGGGGUAUGGGGCGGGCUGUUAGUGAUAUACUUCGCUUACACACAACGCUCUACUAUACCCUUCUCCGCGGCUCUUACGCACAUUUGUUGUAUCGGACCGCUCUUAGGGAAAGUUUCGAGGAACAACAAAGUUGGUAUAUCGAUGGAUCCCACUUCUACGUCAGCACGCCAGAGCAAAUAACGGAAUCCCCGAUUCACCCACCAAGGAUCAACAUCGGGGCUAUGUUCGGAGAAGUGAAGGCGCCAAACAUGUCUCAUCUGUUAGCUAGUUGAUAAUACUUAAGCUUACUGUCUUAUUCCUCCCCGGAUCAUUCAAAACC